CCCGUCUCUCCCGACCUCCCUGACCCUCUCCCUUGUCAGCAAACCAGAACAAUGAGGGCCCCUCCAUCGCUUAUGAGGCCCCCCCACCGUCCCGACAUUCAGCUGGACGACAUUCGUGAGGAGGACGCCGUCUUGCGAAUCAUAUCAGAGAAGGCAAAGACCAAGACAGAGAGAGAGCUGGCCUACCAAGGAAGGUGGGCGAGACCAUGCAUUGGCAUCCGAGAUUGUCCGCAUCUUUGUCUUGGUGCGGUGUGCUGUGUGAUUCAGAUGGUCCGAUGGCCUUUGUGAGGUGUGGAAUGACUGUGGGUGGUUCAUCGCCACGCUAUUCCUCGGCUGUUGGCUGAGACAGGGCGUCACGCUGCAGCGGUCCAACAUCAUGGGUCUGGCGGAGGCCUGCCCCCUCUUUGGCUUCCUCUUUCUGGUCUCGGUGGGGCUGCUCUUCGUGUCGUGGUACGGGUACACCAACCUGGUCUUCCUGGCGUGCUUCUUCAUACUCAUCUACCUCCUGCUGACGUGGAAAUACCACCUCAGAUUCAGACACGUAAGCACAGCACAGCACAGCACAGCACAGACCGACAGAAAAGCCAACAGAGACGUACAGUACACUGAUGGGAUGGGGGGUAUCUGUCUGUUUCUGUCUUAAUUGUUGGUUCGAUUCAGCGGUUCUCCCUGCCAGCCACCGAUUCGACAGAGGAUUGCUGCCUCGUGUUUCUUUGUCUGCCAUUCGUCCUGGCCCACCAAGGCAGACACGCAGACAGAUUCGCCGGUAGGCAGCAGCAAGCCAACUCAGCAGCAAGCCAACUCCCGUACACUACACGCCUGCAUAUGUCUCUACUCGCUGCAUCGCAUCAGGUGUGUUGGCGCCCGCCAGGUCGGGUGCUUAUUAUGACGAAGAGAUUGCCAUCGGAGACGCCACCAAACAGCCACUGGCCCCCACAUACGACACCUACCCCCAGCCCAACGCAGGCGACAAGCCCACACAGAAGAUGGGCACCAAGCUGACCAUGGAGAGUCUGGAGACGCGAGAGCCGCUCACAGUGCACGGCACCAAGGACACGAGCUUCGUACCCGUCAUGAUGGGCGGGGGCAGCGGCGAGAGCCUCACCGACAGAGAGAGACCCGACAGCAACACAAGCCGUGAGACUUCAUCAGUCGUUAGACAGGGGCCCCUCAUGUCUCAGCUGACGCGUCACCUCUCCGACGAAGCGGUCGUGCACCGACACACACACACCGGCCCCUCGGCCACAGCCAGCCAGCAGCUCGCCACCCCGCCAACCCACCUACAGCAUUUUUCGUCGUCGCACAGCGACGUCAUUCACUACGCCAACACGCAGAGAGGGGGGCCGGACAUACAGGGGCAGGGGAAGCGAGGGCCGCUGAAAGAGGAGGACAUCGAGCGAGAACUGAUGCGAAUGCGGUCGAUGCAGCAGCAGCAGCAGGAGCAAGGCGCCUACCUGCCGUGGCGCCCCAGCUGGCGACGGGCGGCCACACUGGACCCCACUGUUUAUGGCAAGCCUCUGUUUGAUCCCGCUGAUUUCUACCGCCGUGCCCGCAGCGAGAUAGCAGUGCCCGUGACGCAACAGCAGCACAUGGGGGAUGACGAUGCGGCCAGCGGGACGACAGAGGGAGGGUCUGGGCGAAAGAAGACGGGCGAGCCGUUCAGAAAAAAGAUGAGAGUGGAGAAAUAGAUGAGUUGGACAGAUCAGAUGGAGAGCUGAAUGAGAACCGAGUUAAUUGACAAAGCGACUUGCUGUCUGUCUGUGUGUCUGCGGGGAAGGGCGAAAAUAGUUUUGACUCAUGUGCCUUUACAGGAGAUAAGUAAGUAUUGACACGCACAGACACGCCAGUUUAUGUAUAUCGACCCGUAAAUCGACACACUGGAAUAA